ACUUACGCCUGACGUCACACUCGCUUGUUUUGGCCGUUUGUUUUGAUAUCCGGCGAUCAAACGUUGUCGAUGUGUUGGACAUUCUGACUGAGAGGAUCCUGUGUGUGCAUGGGUGUUUGUGUGUGGAGGAGAGAGAGAAGGUGGAAGACUCCGGGAGUCUGUGUGUCUUAUCAUGGCUGACGGGUCCAGUGAUGAUGAUGUCAUAAUCCUGGCUAGUUUCAACACACAUCGCAGUCGAGGUAAGAGUGUUAGGACAUACAUAACCAUAUCCUCAUCGUCGGAUUCUGAUGAUGAACCUGUCAGGUUUGUACCAAAUGUCCCUGUUGUGGUCAAGGAUGAUGAAGAGGAAGUGAGCAUCUUCGAGCCACAGCCCUCACCUCAUCGUGAACUGAUCCGACCUGCUGCAAAGUGGGGUGAGAAGUCCUUUGGAUCCAACACACACACCCAUCACCCUCCCGUAGCCACUGUACAUCCUACAUUAGGAAACCAAUCCAUAGGUGUCUUAACCACGGACAGGAAUGCUGUACCCUCAACGUCUAGAGGAAGUUACUUGCACAGACCUCCAUUGCCUGUUAAGGACGUACUACCCCUUCAUAAGGACCGUUUACCCAGUGAUUACUCAGAAGAUAAGGCGAUUUCUGUUUCAACUGCACCUGCCACUGAAUUGGGUCUGUCAGUCACGGGCCGUACAAUUGAAGUGGUCAUCCGGCAGAGACCUGAAAGGCAUACAGACAGUCCUCCGACACCACAGGGGGUUGUGCUAGUGGAAAUCCAACAAGAUGAACCGCAGCCGGUGGCCAACCCUCUUGCUCCUGCGCAAUUCCCCGCACCAGCUGACAAUGAGAGGCCUGGACCGUCAGCACCCAGAGAGCCACAUGUACAGCUGGCCCCAGACCAGACUGCCUUGAAUGUCCUGGUGAAGGGAGUGAUGGACCUUUUUCCAGAUGUGCAGGAAGCAUAUGUAGCUGAACUGAUAGAGAGAGGCGAACUGAAAGAUUUAAAUGUAAUAUGCAAUUUGUUGUUGGAAAAUCCUGACUAUCCGAAGAAAGCCAACUCUGUUUUGAUGCAAAGCAGUGUGCUCCUCGAGACUAAUGACUCUGAGACACAGGAAAGUGAAAAUUAUUUUGAUUAUUUCAAACUAAAGACUGUUGGCCCAGAGGUUGUAGUCCAAGCUGCAGAUAUGCUGAUGCGUGAUUUCAAAAUGUUGAGCUGUCAGGAUAUCAGAUGGGCCCUGAAUUGCCUUAAAGGACACUAUGCAAUCACCCGAAAGGCCUUAUUCGAAGCCCUCAAGAAGUGGCAAGAGAUAUCCACUGACCCCUCAGGAAAGAAGAAGAGAAGGAGAGAGCCCAAUGAGCGCGCCUUCAUAGACUUCAAGUUUGAGCAGGGUUCCUUUAAACUGGAGAGAAAGAUGUACUUUUUGGAGAAAAAUCGGAGAUGGAGCCGAGGUAACGAGACUACACUGCAGCCGUCUCUCAUAAAAGAGCUUCAGUUUUACGAGCAGAAAGCCAAGGAAAUGGCUGAGCAUGAAGAUUUCCUUUUGGCUUUGCAAGUGAAUGAGGAGCAAUAUCAAAAGGAUGGGCAGUUGAUUUUGUGUGGAUGCUGCUGUGGGGAUUUUGCCUUUGAAGAGAUGACCCAGUGUACAGACGGCCAUCUCUUCUGCAAGGAAUGUCUGGUGAAAUAUGCCCAGGAGGCAGUGUUCGGCUCAGGACGGUCAGAGUUGAGCUGUAUGGACGGAAACUGUACGUGUUCCUUCCCUACCAGUGAACUGGAGAAGGUUUUACCUGAGAACAUUCUGUGCAAAUAUUAUGAACGACAGGCAGAGGAGGCCGUAGCAGCCACCUGUGCUGACGAACUGGUCAGGUGUCCAUUUUGUAACUUUCCAGCACUUUUGGACAAAGAGAUUUCUCUGUUCAGUUGCCCAAACCCUCGCUGCAGAAAGGAGAGUUGCAGGAAGUGCCAUGUGGUGUGGAAGGAGCACGCAGGAAAGACCUGUGAGCAGGUCCUGGAGAGAGAUGAGAUCCGGCUGCGAGUGGCCUUUGAGGAGAAGAUGACAGCUGCCCGCAUCAGGAAGUGCCACAAUUGUUCCACUGGUCUGGUGAAGUCUGAGGGCUGCAACCGAAUGUCGUGUCGCUGCGGCGCCUUCAUGUGCUACCUCUGCCGGGAGCCUAUCAAUGGCUAUAACCACUUCUGCCAGCACGCCCGCUCACCUGGUGCCCCCUGCCGACACUGCAAGAAGUGCUCGCUGUGGACGGACCCGACGCAAGAUGAUGAGCGAAUCAUUCAGGAGAUUCAAAAAGAAGGUGAAGCAGAGUUAAAUAAGAAGAGCAAUCAGGCAGAAACAACUGGGAAGAGAUUGGGUCCUCCCCCCGAGCCCAUCCCUGCCAAGCGUCCUCGUGUUGCACCGCAGGCCCCGAAUGCAGUUCCUCAGGCAGUCCGAGCGCCACUGCACAUCCCCCAGGUCAUACUGCCUGGAGCACAGCAUCUUUUUCUUCAGCCCAUUCCAGCCCCAUAUGUGCCUCCAUUGCCCAACCUCCCCCCAGUAAACUACAACCCACUUAACGUGAACUUUGACUUCAACAUGCCUAUGCACUAUGGACCGGCACAUCGCUUCAGACCUAUCUGAGGACACCAUGAUUUAACGGACACGAUAUACGUGUGGAGGCUUCAAGCCAUCACCGCAGAAUCCACGCAUAACUUACCACACACCCCACCGAGAGCAAACCACAUUAUAGGGACCAUGAAGGGGUUACCCCAUGUUACUCUACCCUCCCAAGCAACCGGGCCAAUUUGGUUGCUUAGAAGACAUGGCUGAAGUCACUCAACAUGCCUUGGGAUUCAAACAUGCAAACUGCAGGGGUGGAGAAGUUUACAUACAUGAAGUUAACUGUGUCUUUAAGGAAAAUUCAAGAAAAUGAUGUCAAGCCUUUAGACAAUUAGCCAAUUAGCUUCUGAUAGGAGGGGCACUGAAUUGGUGGUGUACAUUUGAAUGUAUUUUAAGGCCUACCUUCAAACUGCCUCUUUGCUUGACAUCAUGUGAAAAUCUAAAGAAAUCAUCCAAGACCUCAGAAAAAAAUAAUUGUGGACCUCCACAAGUCUGGUUCAUCCUUGGGAGCAAUUUCCAAAUGCCUGAAGGUACCACAUUCAUCUGUACAAACAAUAGUACGCAAGUAUAAACACCACGUGACCACGCAUCCAUCAUAACGCUCGGGAAGGAGAAGCAUUCUGUCUCCUAGAGAUGAACGUAGUUUUGUGUGAAAAGUGCAAAUCAAUCCCAGAACAACAGAAAAGGACUUUGUGACGAUGCUGGAGGAAACGGGUAGACAAGUAUCUAUAUCUACAGAAAAACGAGUCCUAUAUUGACAUAAUCUGAAAGGCUGCUCAGCGAGGAAGAAGCCACUGCUCCAAAAUUGCCAUAAAAAGCCAGACUACAGUUUGCAGGUGCACAUGGGUACAAAGAUCGUACUUUUUGGAAAAAAUUCCUCUGGUCAGAUGAAACAAAAAUUUUACUUUUUGGCCACAAUGACAAUCGUUAUGUUUGGAGGAAAAAGGGUGAGGCUUGCAAAGCAGAAGAACACCAUCCCAAAUGUGAAGCAUGGGGAUGCUUUGCUGCUGGAGGGACUGGUGCACUUCUAAAAUAGAUGGCAUGACGAGGAAGGAAAAUUAUGUGGACGUAUUUUUGAAGCAACAUCUUAAGACAUCAGCCAUGAGAGAGCCUGGGUAGCUCAGCAAGUAAAGACGCUGACUACCACCCCUGGAGUCGCGAGUGACUCCAGUCAGGCUUCCUAAGCAGCCAAUUGUCCCGGUUGCUAGGGUGGGUUGAGUCACAUGGGGUAACCUCCUUGUGGUCGCUUUAAUGUUGAGGGGAGAAAAAAAAAUACAUCAGCCAUGAAGUUAAAGCUCGGUAACUGAAGGGUCUUCCAAAUGGACAAUGGCCCCAAGCAUACCAACAAAGUUGUAGCAAAAUAGUUUAAGGACAACAAAGUCAAGGUAUUGGAGUGCCCAUCAUAAAGCCCUGACCUCAAUCUGAUAGACAAUGUGUGGGCAGAGCUGAAAAAGCAUGUGUGAGCAAGGAACAAACCUGACUCAGUUACAGCAGUUCUGUCUGGAGGAAUGGGCCAAAAUUCCAGCAACUUCUUGUCAGAAGCUCAUGGAAGACUACCCAAAAUAUUUGACCCCAAACAAUUUAAAGGCAAUGCUACCAAAUACUAACAAAGUGUAUGUAAACUUCUGACCCACUGGGAAUAUGAUGAAAGGAAUAAAAGCUGAAAUAAAUAAUUCUCUCUAUUAUUAUUCUGACAUUUCACAUUCUUAAAAUAAAGUAGUGAUCCUAACUGACUCGGAAUGUUUUCUACGAUUAAAUGUCAGGAAUUGUGAAAAACUGAGUUUAAAUGUUUUUGGCUAAGGUGUAUGUAAACAUCUGAAUUCAACUCUGGUUUAAACUGCUCUUACAAUUUAUUUAAAGCCUGAAAUAUGUGCGACAAGCCUA